CGCUGCCGCCAUUUUAAUUUCCCGACCUUGGGCUGUAGGCAGCCGCUCUGCGCAGUCUGUCCGGUGCCGUCAUGUCCGCGCUGACGCCGCUGCUGCUGAGGGGCCUGACCGGCCCGGCCCGGCGGCUCCCGGUGCAGCGCGCCCAGGUCCACUCCAAGCCGCCGCAGGAGCAGCUCGGGACCAUGGAUGUCACCAUUGGGCUCACCUCCUGCUUCCUGUGUUUCCUCCUGCCGGCGGGCUGGAUCCUGUCACACCUGGAUGACUACAAGAAGCGGGAGUGAAGGAAGCCGACCUCUCCCUCCCCCUCUGACCUGACCGCCCUCGGCCUGUCCUCAUCCUGUCUGCUGCAUUCCUGGCCGGCCUCCCCUGGAUCAUGUCCUUCAGUUACAGUGACCACGUCUGCAAUCAUGACCUUGAUUUCUCCACGGAGACAUCCUGGGACCACAGAGACAUCCUGGGACCACAUGUAUCGGCUUAUAAGGCCCUGCUCGGUAGGGUCCCCCUGUAACAAUAAAGUCUAUUUAAACCUUG